AUGGCUCCUGAAUUUCCUACCAAGAAGUGUGGUGUCUUGGGCUGCACUGGUUCAGUCGGCCAACGAUUCAUUCUUCUACUUGCGCAACAUCCGCAUUUCACACUCCAUGCUGUUGGCGCAUCGUCGCGGUCUGCUGGGAAAAAGUAUAAGGAUGCGGUGAAAUGGAAGCAGGCGUCUCCUAUGGGGAAGCAAGUGGAGAAUUUGGUCGUCAAGGAGUGUAAGGCUAGCGAAUUUGCGGAUUGUGAUAUUGUCUUCAGUGGCUUAGACGCUGAUGUUGCUGGUGACAUAGAGAUGGAAUUCCUAAAAGCUGAAUUGGCAGUUUUCUCGAAUGCCAAAAAUUACCGCAGAGAUCCUCUGGUUCCGCUCGUCGUACCGACAGUCAACCUUCCGCAUUUUGACGUUAUACCACACCAGCGGAAACAUUACGGGCUCAAGAAAGGAUUCCUCGUCUGCAAUUCCAACUGUGCGGUCAUUGGCAUCGUUAUUCCUUUCGCAGCCAUACAGAAGGAGUUUGGGGAAGUCGAUCAAGUCAGUGUCGUCACUAUGCAGGCCGUUUCGGGUGCAGGAUACCCAGGUGUAAGCAGUAUGGAUAUUCUAGACAACGUCGUGCCGUUUAUAUCUGGAGAGGAAGAUAAAUUAGAGACCGAAGCCCAAAAAAUCCUAGGGAGAGUCAAUGGAGAGGUAACUGGAUUCCACGAACAAUCAGAUCUGAAGAUUUCGGCAGCCUGUAACAGAGUUGCUGUAUUAGAUGGCCACAUGGCCUGCGUAUCCUUAAGGUUCAAGGACAGGAACAGUCCAAAACCAUCCGCGGAGGCAGUCAAGAAGGCUCUCAGCUCGUACGUAAGCGAGGCACAAACCUUAGGAUGUCCAUCUGCUCCACAACCCUCAAUAUUAGUUAUGGAGGAGGCGGAUAGGCCGCAACCUAGGCUAGAUCGAAACACCCAAAAUGGAUACACUGUUAGUGUUGGCCGGGUCCGAGAAGAUGAGAGCAGGAUAUUUGAUUUAAAGUUUGUGGCUCUAAGUCACAAUACUGUCAUCGGAGCAGCCGGAUCGUCUAUACUCAACGCCGAAGCUGCAGUCUUGAAGGGUUAUAUUUAA